AGGUUUUUCUGAAUGUCUUUGGAAGGCAGUACAAAUAGUGUUUUGAGUUUGUUGUGGUGUUGUUUGUAUUCGAAUAUUUACAUUUUAUUUGUCUUUAACGAAGCUCCAGUGUUCCAAGUAUGAUGAAGUUUGCGUAACAUGAAUAUCGAAGCGGAUGUGUUCAUGUUUAUAGUGAUGUGAGAUUCAAGAGGACCACUUCUGCAAUGGCAAAUCACUACGAUGUACCAAAUUGGGCUGGAAAACCGCCUGUCGGACUUCAUCUGGAUGUUUUAAAAGGAGAUAAACUAAUCCAGAAAUUGAUGAUAGAUGAGAAAAAGUGUUACCUCUUUGGCAGGAAUCCUCAGAUGAAUGACUUUUGCAUUGACCACGCAUCUUGCUCUCGAGUUCAUGCUGCUCUUGUGUAUCACAAGCAUUUAAACAGAGCCUUUCUGGUGGAUUUGGGAAGCACUCAUGGCACAUUCAUUGGAUCACUUCGUUUGGAGCCACAUAAGCCUACACAAUUACCAAUAGACAGUGUAUUCCAUUUUGGGGCUUCAACACGGAAUUACAUCAUUCGUGAACGACCACAAACAGGUUCAAGACCAAUCAUUGAGGAACUAGAAAAAUCUUCAGAAGAAGCUGAAGGUGGCCUCUUGGGUUUGCCAGAGACGGAAACAGAACUGGAUAAUCUUACAGAGUUUAAUACUGCACACAAUCGCCGAAUAUCUAUGCUGGGGAUUCCUGAUGAAGAAAUUCGCCCCACAACGAGGAAAAGAAAGAAGAAAUUACUGACUUUUAGUGAAGAAGAGGAAGUAAUAAAUCCUGAAGAUGUUGAUCCAUCUGUUGGUCGUUUUAGGAAUAUGAUUCACACGACUAUAAUACCAACAAAGCGUCAGAGAAUUGAUGGUGUUGGACCAACAAGUGGUCUCACAAACAGUUCAGAUGAUCGCCUGAACCUCAUGAAACACUUACAUCCUUCUGCAAUGAUGCCACAUCUGUAUCACGAUUUGCCACCUGAAGGGUCUCACCCGGUUGGUGCUGGAACACCAACAUCACCCACAGGUACAGGUAACAGUGCAAAUACUCCACUGUUGUUUUCGUCGGCACUGGCAUCGCGCUUGGGCUUGGCCUUACCGAACCCUGCUCCAGAAGUGGAGAUGGCGCCACCCCCGCUUCCACCUGCUGUGCUACCUGGUCAGCCAGCUGUCGGUGCUUCUGUCGACCUUAGCCACGAACCUAAGAAGAAGAAAUAUGCUAAAGAAGCAUGGCCUGGCAAGAAGCCUGUUCCAACACUCCUUGUGUGACACCAGCAUCUUUUUGUUCUUGUGUCAUAUACACUCUGGAUUCCAGCCAACUGGAAGGACUCCGUACACUGAAUGUAUGCAAGAAUUACAUAAUCACUGUGAAAUUUUGUUUUGUUAGACGCCACCAGUGUAGCAUCAGGAAUUCAAAUUUGUGUAUUGUUCAUUAACUUCAUUAACAACAUAAUUUUGUUGUUCAUGGAUUGUUGUAAUGUGUUUUGUAUGCAGCUGUAGUAUGUUUCAUAUAGAGCUCGCAAUUUCCAAUGACUUUGGUUUUUUCCCUGCAUGAGCUCAUGUACGGUUCUCAUUGCUUUUCUGCUUAGUACAUUUGGUUUCGGGACUUGUUCAUGACUACAUGGAUUAUCUGGACAGUGUGCAUGAUAGUGUUUGUAUACAGUACUGUGCAUUGUUCAUAUUCUGUAAAUACAAAUACUGACUUUGUG